UAUAAAAACUCUUAAAAAACCCUAGAAUCAUACCAUAUAUAUGUUGUUCUAUCUUCUCCGUUACUUAUUAUUCUUUUAGGCGGCAGAAGUAGCUCAGGCAGCCAGUUUAGCAGCCAUGGUGAAGUAUUCGAAGGAGCCAGAUAAUCCCACCAAGUCCUGCAAGGCAAGGGGCUCUGAUCUCAGGGUUCAUUUUAAGAACACAAGGGAGACUGCGUUUGCUAUCAGGAAGUUGCCUUUAGGUAAGGCUAAGAGGUAUUUGGAGGAUGUUAUGGCACACAAACAGGCCAUACCUUUCCGACGCUUUUGUGGUGGUGUUGGACGUACAGCUCAGGCAAAGAACAGGCAUUCUAAUGGUCAAGGUCGCUGGCCUGUAAAAUCUGCCAAGUUCAUUCUAGAUUUGCUGAAGAAUGCUGAGAGUAAUGCUGAGGUUAAGGGUUUGGAUGUCGAUGCACUCUAUAUUUCUCACAUCCAGGUUAACCAGGCUCAGAAACAAAGACGUCGUACUUACCGUGCCCAUGGAAGAAUCAAUCCUUACAUGUCUUCUCCUUGCCACAUUGAGUUAAUUUUGUCCGAGAAAGAAGAGCCUGUCAAGAAAGAGCCCGAGACUCAAUUGGCAGCUAGCAAGUCGAAGAAGUCCCAAGUCUCUGCAUAGGAGGUGCUUCCUUUCCAGCAAAGCAUUG